AAUUAUUAUUUUACUAUAAAAAAAAUCCGGUUUAGAAUUGGAUUUUUUUUUAUAACUAUAUUUGUUUUCUAUUUUUUAUCACGACAUUGUAUUGGAAAAAAAAAAAAAAAUUUGGUUUGUUCCUCCUACGAGCAAUACCCAGUACCAAGCAGCAACCACAACCGCCUUCUCCUCCUCAUUGAUAUCCUUCAAUAUCUCCCUCAAAUCACAAAAUCCAUUAACGCUGCACAAAAAUCUCUCCAUUAAAAACGCCAUUGAUUCAAUUCCCAGAAACAUCAACCUCUCACCUGUUUCUAAUUUGUCGGCAACAACAAAUCUGCAGCAUUUCUAUUCUGGGUUCUGUGAAUUUCGUGGGGACAGAGAGAGAGAGAGAGAGAUAGAGCUUCUGGGUAUCUUUUAAUGGAGAAGAGGAUCUUGUUGUUGCUAUUGGUCAUGAUGGUGUUUUUGAAUCUAACGAGGUCUACGAGGGUUCCGUUUUGUGCUACGAGGUCUGUUAAAGAUUCCAUCUUUGGGUUUCGAGAUCAGACUUGUCCUGUUUCUGGUGUUGAAUCAGACGAGCGUCCUCAUUUUGGUGCCGUCACCGAGGGUGAUGAGCGUUGGUUGCAAUUGGCUUUAGAUAUGAUUCAUAAGAACAAGUGUGAUUAUGUGGCUUUGCUUUUCUAUGCAUCAUGGUGUCCAUUUUCAAGGUCGUUUAGACCGAGUUUCGAUGUUAUUGCUUCUCUCUAUUCCUCGAUUCCUCAUUUUGCGAUUAAGGAAUCAUCCGUUAAGCCGAGUACCCUUUCUAAGUAUGGAGUUCAUGGGUUUCCCACUCUUUUGCUUUUGAAUUCGACAAUGCGGGCACGAUACCGAGGAACCAGAAUGCUUGAUUCUCUUGUUGCUUUCUAUAGUGAUGUUACCGGUAUCGAAACGUUGGAUAAAACUUCUCUUGACAAAAGCGUAUCAGUUCCUCAUCUCGGGAACCAAAACAACAUUGAGCCAGAAAACUGCCCAUUCACAUGGGCAAGAUCACCUGAGAAUAUGCUUCGACAAGAGACCUAUCUGGCUCUUGCCAUUGUAUUCGUCCUGUUACGAUUGCUUCACCUGAUAUACCCUACACUCGUCAUGUUUAUGAAAUUCACUUGGAGAAGGAUUGCGCAGAACAUGAGACUGGAAAGCCUGCUAGAACAUACCAUCGGGUUUCUGAGCCGAGCUGUACAAUUAUGCAUGCACAGAAGAAGCAAUCUGCAGGGAGGAGCCAUGAACGCCAGAGCAUGGGCCUCCAAGUCUUUGGCCACUGUCUCAAUCGGGGAUUCAAGCUCAUCAAACAGAAGAAGUUCAUCUUCUCAGUGACUUCAAACUUCUAUAAUUUAGCAAAUUUGGUCAGCUAAAAUGUUUUUGGCUGUAUCAUCCAUCUGUUACAGCUUUUCAGGUUAAAGUUUUACCUUUUUCCUGUAUAAUCAGCAGUUCCUCUAGACCAACAACUUUGGAGAGGGCUUAAUUCAUAGCUGAACAUUUUGUAGUAGAAGUGUAUAUGUCAUCAGAUGGCAAAAUUAUAAAAGUCAAUUCAUAUUUUUUUGUCAA